AUGGGUAAUGAUGGUGGAACUAUAGCUAAAAGACAAGAUAUACUAUCUUUACAUUCAUAUGGAAAGUAUGGAGUAAAUGAUAAAAUUCAAAUAGCUGAUGAUGAUGAAAGUUCUGACCUAACGACAUGUGCGUUAUCUUCAACAUCACUAUAUGGCCUGAUAACCGUAAGUGAUUAUAAAGGAAAGUUGUAUGACAAAUCGAAGGUUUUGAAAUAUAUGCUUGAGCGUGAAAGUAGCAAGGAUGAUUUUGUUGAUACAAAAGGCGGUGUAGAUAAAAAGAUGUCUUCACCAUUCAGUCAUCUACGCUCUUUGAGAGAUAUUAUUGAUGUACACAUUAGUUGGAAGGAUAAUUUAUAUGGUGCUAUCCCAGAUAUUCAAUGUCCUAUAACAAAGGAACUGAAUAGUAAUACGGUUUAUGCAUAUUUGCGUCCAUGUGGGUGUAUAAUAUCUUUCAAGGUUUUAGAAGGACUCGGGAAACAUUUCGGAGAGAAGGAUAAUAAAGCGGAUAGCUUGCUUAAAGAAAUCGACUGCCCUAAUUGUGGUGAAAUGUUUUGUUUCAAGUACGAUGUUGUCUUAUUAAAUCCAAGAGAUGUUCCAGAACGCACGGAAUUUAACGAGAGAAGUUUCAACUACUUACAAGAAUUGAAACUUACCCACUCUAAGAAACCAAUGAAGAAUAAGAAGAAGAAAAAAAGUAAAUCGAUGGCUUAUGAUGAUUCCAACUCAAGAAAAAGGAGUUACAAGGCAGAUGAAACUAAGGACUUAACGAAAAAGACUAAACUUUGA